UGAAGAAGUUGCCAGAGUUUAAAGGAAGGUGAAACGAGGAAAGUGUAUUGUCCCGGUCAGUCUACAGAUUUGUUCCAUUAGCCUAGUACACUGUCAGUCUUUCAAUCAUGAGAGGGGUAGCGAUUUUGAUUUUCACAGCCUGUAUUGCUGUAGUAGCUAGUUUCAGUAUAUCCUGCAAGUACCCGCCAUCCCUUUGGUGCUCUUCAUUGGAAAUUGCGACUGAAUGUGGUGUCCUUCGGCAAUGUUUGGAGUUCAAUAACACGAAGACAGACGAUAAAGUGGAAGUGGCUCUCUACUAUGAAUCCCUGUGCCCUGGUUGCAGAGGUUUCCUCGCUCUUCAGCUGUUCCCCACAUGGGCCAUGCUACAAGACAUCAUGGACGUUAAGCUCAUCCCAUUUGGAAAUGCUCAGGAGAAUCCUGCUGGACAGUUCACUUGCCAACAUGGUGAGGAGGAAUGCCUGGGCAACAUGAUUGAGACAUGCAUACUGAAUUCAGUUGACUUUGGAAAAGCUUUUUUGACCAUCUUCUGCAUGGAGGCCUCGGACAAUGUGGUUAAAUCUGCUGAGACCUGUCUUGGACUCUACUCACCUUCUUCAAAAUGGGAGACCAUCAUGACCUGUGCGAAGGGAGACCAAGGGACCAAGCUGAUGCAUGACAAUGCAGUCCAGACCGGGGCACUGAAACCACCCCAUGAAUAUGUGCCCUGGAUCACCGUCAAUGGAGAGCACACCGAAGACCUUCAAAACAAAGCAAUGGGUUCCCUUUUCAAUCUGGUAUGCAGCUUGUACAAGGGUGAGAAGCCACCGGCCUGUACCCCUGCAGUCCAGAACAAAAGCAGAAGUUACUGUUUCAACUAGUCAAUGAUAUCUUGAUUGUGAAGUACUGUAUCACACACAUACACACACUUUACACACAUUUAAAAUGCCUCAUCAGGUCAGAACUUAGACAUUCUGAAUGUUGAAAUGUAUUCUGGUUCUGUUGCACAGUUUUUAAUUGAUGAUGAUGUGGCUAAAUUCAUUUCAUUAAAGGGACACACUGUUAUGAUAUUUUCUGAUUGCUACAGUUACAAACCAUUACAUCAGUGUUGGAAACACUAGCUAUUACACAUGAACAAUUUGUGAUACUGUGAUGCUGCCAAUGUUUGUGUUUUUGUAACACUGUCAAGAACAAUAAAUACUUUAAGUGAAAAGUAA